UAUCAAUGACCUAUUUAUAUAUGAAAAUUAUCGUUUUAUCAAAAUAUAGUUGUAAAUGGACACUUUCCUAACUUUAUUAUGCUAUUUGACUGUCCUGGUUGUUUUUUUCACAUUUAUGGGACUGUUAAUUGUAUAUGCAACAACAAGUGAUAGGUUUGCAGUUAUUGAGCGUUUUCCUGAUGAGAGAUAUUUUAUCAAUCCUGUUCAGAAUAAUGAGAAGCUAUCUUUUCCGUAUCUCGAAAAAGAAUCAACCAUUGAUUUAUCUAUCAUUGUACCUUCCUACAACGAAGAGGAAAGAUUACCACUUAUGUUGGAUGAGGCAUUUGAAUAUUUAGAUGAAAGAAAAAAAUAUGAACCGUCAUUUACAUAUGAAAUAAUUGUUGUUGAUGAUGGCAGCAAGGACCAAACAUCAAGGGUUGCCAUGAAAUAUGUGGAAAAAUAUGGAGUAGAGCUGGUUCGUGUGCUGACUUUGACAAAAAAUAGGGGAAAAGGAGGCGCUGUUAGAUUGGGGAUGUUCAGUUCACGUGGAAAGCAAUUGCUGAUGGUUGAUGCUGAUGGAGCAACAAAGUUUUCUGACUUUACCAAAGUUCAAAGCAGUCUUCACAAAAUCAUCAAUGGAAAAGAUCAUAAACCUGCCAUAGCUGUUGGGUCAAGAGCACAUUUGCAAGAUGAAGCUAUAGCUGAGAGAACUUUGCUAAGAAAUUUGUUGAUGUAUGGCUUUCAUUUUCUUGUCUGGUUUCUAUGUGUGAGGGGUAUUAAAGAUACACAGUGUGGUUUCAAACUUUUCACAAGAUCUGCCGCUUUACUUGUAUUCACGUCUUUACAUGUGGAACGAUGGGCAUUCGAUGUUGAGUUAUUAUAUAUAGCUCAAAGAUUAGACAUUCCUAUUACUGAAGUGGCAGUCAAUUGGCAGGAAAUAGACGGUUCCAAGAUGAUACCUUUCUGGAGUUGGGUUCAAAUGGGAAAGGAUCUUUUAUUAAUACGUCUACGAUAUAUUUUAGGAGUUUGGAAAAUUUCUGAAAAAAAUUAAUGUAACUGUGUUUCGUUCAUUGUAUGGAUGAUCUCAUGUCUUAAAGACAAUAUACCAGUUGAACUUUGUAGAAACAUUUACUUACCGCAUGCUGAUCGAACUGUUUUAUUUUUUCUCUAAGCACAGUAAGUCAAAGUAAUCUUUUAUGCUCCGUAAACAUUAUCAGUAUAAACACCAUUCUCCUUGGAUUAAGACCGAGAUUAAAACUAGCUGAAUUUUGAAAAA